AUGAGAAUAUUAUUAAUAGUUAAAUUGUGUAUAUUAUUUUUAUUUUUUGGUGAAAAUUUUAUCACAAUGUUUCCCUUUUUUAAAAAAAUAACUGUAUUAAAAACUGAGUUGAAGCCAUCUCUAUAUGAUUAUAAUGUGAAGUCAUUAAAUGGAACAGACGUGCCAAUGUCAACAUAUAAAAAUAAAGUCCUAAUUAUUUUUAAUUCUGCAUCAAAAUGUGGUUUAACAAAAAAUCAUAUUAAUCAGUUUAAUGAAUUACAUGAUAAAUUCAAUGAUAAAGGAUUAGAGAUUUUGGGUUUCCCUACAUAUCAAUUUUUCAGCCAAGAAUUUAAACAAAGUUGUGAUAUCAGUCAAUUUAAUCAGGAGAAAAAUAUAAAAUAUAAUAUGUUUGCCCCUGUUGAAGUUAAUGGGGAAAAUACCCACGAGCUUUUUAAGUAUCUUAAAUUUAACUGUGAUCAGAUGCAUGAUGAAAAUGGUGUAUUAGAUAACAUCGGAUGGAACUUUGGUAAAUUUUUAGUAGACAAGAAUGGAAAUGUAGUUAAGUAUUUUUCUCCAAAACUUAGCCCAUUAAAUAUGGAAAAAGAUAUUACCGAUUUAUUAUAA